AUGAACGCACCGGACCGUUUCGAGCUCUUUUUGCUCGCCGAAGGCGAGAAGAAGAUUGAGGAGAAGGUCUAUUCUGGCAUGUCCAACACUUCAGAUUUCUUACUGAAGAAGGAAGACCACACUCUGGGCAACCUGCUCGCCGAGCAUCUCAAGGCGCACCCCAACGUCUGGAUGGCCGGAUACAAGAUUGCUCAUCCUAAUGUCCCCGAGCUUUACAUCCGCGUCCAAACAGACGGGACCAUUUCUCCUCGCGACGUCUUUACGUCAGUGUGCGAAAAGCUCAUCAACCAGCUCGAGAUGUUGUAUCAGGAGUUCACUCGCGAGUGGGAGCUGAGACGUAUCACCAACACCGGAGACCAAGGGAAUAUGCCAUCUAAUGGUCUUUGA